AUGAGUAUUGAAUAUUUGUCUUUUUCUGUAGUUCAAGUAAAACUUUUAUUGAAUUUCACUAAAGUAUAAUAAGCUUCUUUCUAAAGUAGCUUGGUAGUAGGUUUUAUUUCUGUUGGAUAGAGAUGAUCAGAUACUCUAGGUGCACGUUACAACAGGAUAGCUGCACUAUAUUGCGCGUCGUUACGCAUGCGUAUUACUGUUGUCGAUUGUUAGUCCACAGUCGACUGUUCGUCAGAAUGUUUUGAGUACAUCAACAAUUGCUCCGCGUUUGCAUGUGUGAUAUACGUAAAGCUUCAUUGAUUAUUCGGUUUUGGGCGAUUUCGAUUUGCACAAUUUUGUAUGGAAAAGACGAAAUACUGAGAGAAAAUCAUCUAAUACAAACAGAAUCUGAAUUCGGUAUAUCUUAACCGUCGAGAGUGAGUUACUAAUUUGCCGGAAUGAGAAGGUAUACGUGGCCUGAGAAAAAGUUAUUAGAAUUAAUCAAAUACUACGAAGCAAAUCCAUUGUUAUGGAAUGUUAAGCAUUUAGAAUAUGGGAAUAAAAACGCAAAGGCAAGAGUAAUCGAUACUAUCGCAACAAUUAUGAACAUCACGCCAAAGGAGGUUAAUAGAAAAAUACGAAGUUUGAGAAGCCGGAUGCAACUAGAAGUAGUAAGAGGAAAAAACACAGAAAGGUUCAAAAACUCUGAAAUGCCUAUCAGUAAAUGGCGCUAUUUUCCAGUAAUGAAAUUUUUAUUACCUGUGAUAUAUAGAAAUGGACGGAAGUAUAAAAAAAUAGCUGAGAAGGAAUCACAGAAAGAUUUAAAUAAUGAUGGGAAAUCAAGGUAUUCACUGAGACUUUUAUCCAAAGGAUUAGAUAAGCAAAAGAAUACAAUUGAAUGUAUAAAAUUGGAUGAGACAGAAGAAACACAAGAGAAAUUUUCUGCACAAUUCUUAAAUGGUACCUACAGUGAAGAGACAAAGCAUUUAUUGCAAAUUCGACCAAAAGCUGAGGAUGAAGAAAAGAAUAUUAUUGGAGAAUAUAUGGAAUUUAAUGAGAGAGGAGCAAAACGCAGGAAGAUUUCUGAUAAAUUUUCCAAUAUUUAUGAAGAAUCAAAGCAAUCAUCACAAUUUUUACCAGAAGAGGAGAGGAAUACAUUUGAGUUCAUAGAAUAUGAUGAGAUAGAAGAUAGACAUGAGAAGAUUCCUAUUAAAUUUUUAAAUGGGACUUGCAACGAGGAGCCGAAGCAUUCAUUGCGAUGUUUACCAAAAAUACCGAAUGAAGAAAGGAAUACAAUCGAAUACGUGGAAAUCGAUGGGAUAGAAGAAAGAUGUGAGAAAAUAAUUCCUACUAAAUAUGUAAAUAUCAACUGUGAUGAGGAAUCGAGACAUUCAUCGCGGUUUUUACCGAAAAUACAGGAUGAAGAUGAUCGCUUCGGCGAGUAUGUGGCAUUAGAAUUACGUAGUUUACGCUCCGAAGCAAGUAAGAGAAGAUUGAAAAGUGAGAUUAGGAGAGCGAUAUGUCAUAUUGCUGAUUUAGAUGACGCGGAUAUUUUUAUGCCCAAUGCCGCGGUUGAUCCUUUAUCCCUGUAUUCACAGUCUUUUCCAAAUUAUUCGCAGAUGUGUGAGAUAUCUAAUAUUAGGUCCGAAAUUGCAUAAAUAAUGCAAAAAAAAAUAAGUAAGUAAAUAAAAAAAAGUAAUAAGUAAGUAAAUAAAUAAGAGUUCGGGAUAGUGUAUCUUAUGGAUAAAUGUAUUUUAAUGUAAUUUUUAUGCAGCGACGAUUAGCUUAGUUUAUAUAAUAUCUAGAUCUUUUUACAAAUAGGCAUGUUUAAAAUAUUAUAAAAAACAAAUUGAUUUACGUUAUUGAAUACGUAUGGUAUCCAUUCUGUGAGUACUAUGUUCAAAAUAGAUUUAUUAUAAAACAUCGUGUACACAUAUAUCGCUCUCUUAAUAUUUCAUUAAUCUUAUUUUUCUAUAAAUGGCGUGUUACAUGAUUGUUAUUUGACAACGAUAGUAGUCAACUUUAACGGUGUCGUCAAUGUGCAAAUAUAAAUCGAUUAAGCACUAUGUUGUAUAAACGCUUUCAAAAGCGAGAUCACUUCCCUAGGAUAGCGCACAUAUAAAGAAACUAUAAAAUAUUAAAUUAAUCAGUUUUAUCAAAAGUCGGCUGGAAUACUGUAUGUACACGUUCGCGUAUUCAUUCGAAAUCUUAGGAUUUUCGCGGUAAAAAUUAUCACCUGAUCACUUUGAAAACACUAAGUGACUUGUAAUAACAGAAUAAUCAGUCAUGGAUCCAUGAGGUUCACCGCGGAUGGACGAAGAUUCAUUUGAUAUUCGCCAAAGAGCAUGGCUGCCAACCACCUGUAUUGCUCGUCCUUAGAUGUGCCCGCCAAAGUGUUGCCGAAAUACGGGCUGUCCUUGCAUCUAAAAGAAAAUGAGGGAACUUUCCAAUCUUUGUCUAUCCUGUAACGAGUAUCUUCCAGAAAUAUUAAAGUGAACAAUCGGAUCGUAAUAAAAUUACACAAUAACUAGUAAAUUCUAAAGCGUUACGAAAUUUUAUAACGGUCUGAAGAAUUCUCUUAUAAUCAUCGACAGAUGCUGUACUUGCAUGAUGCUUACCUAGUCGGUUUCUUGUUCUUCAUUAUGAAGGUGAUGGACCAGCUGUGUGUAAAAAAGAUGAAGAUAAUAUAUACGGCAAUGAGUAUGUUAACUUUUUCGUAACAAAUAUAUACUACAUCUCUGUAUGUA